AUGGUCGUGCUAACAUUCUACUGUCAAGGCCAGUGUCACACCUCAGUCAAUCGGCUUCCGUCCAACCGAAGAUACGCGAUAUUCCCAUCAUUACCAACCCAGGAUAUUCCCAAAGCACUCACCACUAUUCCCAAUAUUUUCCUGCUCAGAAUUUUCAUCGAUUCCGAUACGGACACUUUGGGCAACCCGCAGGGCGAUAUUCAAGGUUACUUACGAGUAUAUCCCAAAUAUACUUCGGAGCUGUUUGUGGUAGGUUAUGACAGCGAUAUUCUCAAUCUAGACAAUUAUGGAAAGGCCGAAUAUAUGAGCCUUGAACGUGUGUUCGCCCAUCCGGUUUUAUUGGCAAGUUGGGUUCUGCCAUCCAGUCAUCCCUACUUCUCUGUCGUCCUUCUGCGAGCUCCAUUGAGAGAUGCGAUUUGCUGCGAUCCAUUUAGCAAUGUUUGCGUGACGACCAUUGGUGGAAAGCAGCGACGCAGGCACCGUCAGACAUCAUUUGACCGUGGGUAUCCUCAGAUGGGAACAAGUAAUCACUAUGAUCGGCCAGUGUUUCCAGCGCAAUCCUUGUACGACAUUAUGGGACCAUCAAAGGAAGAACGCUGCAGCUCACCAUCAUGUUCAACCUGCAACGACGACGACCGUUCAGAGUGUUUGUCUUGUGCUACGUCGCGGCUUCUCCUCAAUGCCGACUCGAUUCGAAUCAGCGAAGCCGAUCCAGAAGCGUGUUGUUGCGCAUCAUUUUCGGAACCCUUGACGUUGGAGAAUGAUGUCUACGAAAGCGACAGCAAAGAAGACUCAGAGAUGCCUCGUCGUAAGCCAUACACAACUGAAGCGUCGUCGUCGACAAGCCGUGGCAACCCUCCCGAAAGCAGCUCGCAGAGAAGUCGCCGAUCCUACAGUCAAUCGGUUACAAGGAACGAAAAAACGGGCGGACGGUCUGAGACUGUUACUGCUGAACGUGAAGCACUAAGCAUCCUACAGAAUUUGGAAAGCUUUUUUGGAUUGAAAACCACUUCGAUCGGUAGUAGCAGGCCGGCAGAUAGCAGGGCUGGAACAGAUUGGUUAGUUCUUGUCUACACUUACACUUACCAGUGA